AUGGUGAUUGUCGGAGACGAUGUCUCGGUCGGUAAAGAGCAAGGCAAACUAGCUGGACGUAGAGGGCUCGCAGGGACUGUAUUGGUGUACAAGAUUGCUGGUGCUCUCGCUGCUCAAGGGUCGUCCUUAUCACAUGUGCACGCUGUAGCGCAGUUUGUCGCAGACCAUUCAGCUACAAUUGGGGUGGGCUUUGAUCACUGUCAAAUCCCGGGCACCCAGAUUAGCAAAGAGCACGACACCAUAGGGUCUGAUGAAAUCGAGAUUGGAAUGGGAAUCCAUAAUGAACCGGGAUACAAACGUCAAAAGAUUACGAAUCUCAAUCAAUUGAUCUCCGAUCUCAUGCCCGUUCUGACUUCCACAACCGACAAAGAUAGAUCAUUCCUCCCGUUUCGCACCCAAGGUUCCUCGAGCAAGGACAAUGAUGUGAUACUUUUGAUCAAUAACUUGGGCUCAAUUUCUGAACUAGAGAUGGGCGCCAUCGUCAAGUCGACCGGCACCUGGCUACUUGAAAAAAGCUUUCAAGUCAAAAGAGUUAUAUCUGGCACAUUCAUGACAUCCUUGGACAUGUCUGGAUUCUCAAUCUCAUUGGUUCUACUGCCACCUAUAAAUGAAGAUGUAAUGAUUGACAUCGCUGGCGAGCCGACUCUGGCUAUCAGUGCCAAUAUGCUACUGGAUCUUUUCGAUGCUCCUGCGGAUUGCCCUGGCUGGAAAUCCGGCUACGCCGGCCAACCAAGCUUCAGCAAGGGGGAAAAGACAGACACAAAAGCGCAGGUUCAUGAGACUUCUGGAAGUGAGAAGAAAUCGACUGGAGAGACGUUGACUGCGAGCGACCCAGAAUUGUUUAUCAAAGCCGUCCAGUCAGCAUGCAAAGCGUUAAUUGCAGCUGAGCCGGAGAUAACAAAAUACGACACCAUAGCAGGAGAUGGCGAUUGUGGGCAGACAUUAAAAAAUGGAGCCGAGGGAAUCCUGGAAGCGAUCUCUCAAGAGAAAAUUAAGGGAUCCAACCUUGUGUCCGACCUCCUUCAGAUUUCUGAAGUCGUUAAUCGUGAUAUGGGAGGGACUUCUGGCGGAUUGUACAGCAUCUACUUUAAUGCUUUGGCAGUAGGAAUCGGUAAAAGCAAAAACACGAAAAAGAUUGAUUCGCAAGCCUGGGCCGAAGCCUCAGAUUAUGCGUUGAACACGUUGUACAAGUACACCAGAGCCCGGUCUCCUUCUCGAACACUCAUUGACCCAUUAUCCGCGUUCGUCUUGACGUUCACAUUGACCCCGACUGAGUUCGACAAGGCGAUCGAGGCCGCCAAGGAAUCGGCGGAGAAUACGAUAUAUUUAGACGCCAAGGCUGGUCGAGCUUCCUAUGUCGAUCGGCAAAAACUUCAAGAAUCUCAAGUCCCUGACGCUGGGGCUUGGGGUGUUUGGAAAUUGCUGGAAGCAAUCGGUCAAGUUAUUAAUUAA